AUAUAAGAUUAGUAUAGCUUGAACUACAAUUGUAACUACAUUGAUAAAAAUGGCAUCUCAAACUUCGGCUGCUGUUCGUCAAGUGAAACCAAUUUUAUCCAUUAACAAAGAAGAUGCACGUCUAAAAGUCCUUAAAUUAUAUAAAGCAUGGAUCCGUCAAGUGCCAACUACGUUGCUAAGCUAUGAUAUUCCCAAGAAUGAAGCAGAAUGUAAGAAAAAGAUACGUGAAGAAUUUAAACGUCAUGCUCACGUGACUGAUUUAAGGAUUAUAGACCGACUUAUUAUAAGGGGUCAAAUGGAACUGCAAGAAGUAGCUAAUGUUUGGAAACCUAAAGGAUCACUUAUGUAUUAUUGGAAGGAAACAUGGGAAAAAAAACCAACUGAUUUCAUGUCAAAAUUUCUUAGGGGUCAUGAUUAAUUUACUCUGCCAUUAAUUUGUAAAAUGCAUCUUUAUGCAUUAUAGAAAUAUGUGGUUGCAAUAAUUUAUGUAUAUAACAUGUAAAUAUAUCAGGAUUUCAUCUCUGAUUUGGACAGAUGAACGAUCUAUGUUGUAAUUAUCUGAAAUAAAAGUUAACAACAUA